AUGAUGGUCUCGACUUCCGCCAGACCUGGAACCCUCGUACUGUCCUCCUAUUACAAAGAGGAAAAUGAUGCGCUGAAAUGGAAGGAUGUUGAUCUAUAUAUGGUCAAACACCCCGAUUAUCCUGAUGCCCAACUUCUUCUCAUGAGGGUUAGGCACAGGCUCAACAAGGGAAAAAGAAAUCAAGGAGCCCCGCCUACAUUUACUUAUACUGAAAGAAACGACAAUCUCGGACCAUGUGUUAUUCAGGAUAUACUUAUGUAUGCCUUUCUUGAUGAUGCAUUUGCAAGCCCGCAUAUCAAAUUCCCUCGAGAUAUUUGGCGCUUCACAAAAGUUCCAGACCUUCGCCAUAGCACUCCUAUUCAUUUUAAGGAUAGCCUAAAAAACAUUCCUGUUUUCAGGCGCGCUGUGAGAACAAAACACGGAGCUUGGGUCACUGACUGUAAGGUCGGCUUUUCAUAUUCCCAGGCACAGGAAUACGAAAAGUAG